UCGCCGAUCGCGAUCGACUCAGACGGUCUUUCGGCGUCGGCGUCAUUCGUUCGUUGUUUGAGUCGUUUGCGCGAAGAAGACGCGCGAUCGAGUACUUUGAGCUUAAGGUGCAAGUUCUACGUUGUAACGGCACCUUGAUAGAGAGUGAAAAAAAAGGAAACCCGAAAACAGAUGCAAAAGUGUGUUGUUGUUUUUUGAGAAAUUGUAGUGACCGUGCUCGAGGAUCCUCACUUCCGGAAGUCGAGGUAAUUGAUCGCCGUGGUCGUUGCUCUACAACGAUUUGCGGGACCCGCUGCCGAUCCAGCGGAACUGUUCUCGCAAGAAUUCAAAGCUGCACUGGGCUGCUGGUUGUCUAUCUGGUCAAAGUCGGUGUCUCGAGGACAACGUGUUCUCGCGAUCACUUGAUCAACGAUCGAAAUAGAAAAUCCAGGUGCAAUUGCCUCGGCGUCAAGUGUGUGUGUGCGGUAGUGGCCUCAGUAGUGCCAAGAUAUCACAUUCGCCGAGAUUAGUGCUAAACCGCAGCUAGAAGAGGCGAAACGGUAACAAAGAAAUCUACACGCCGGUCAGCAGGUCGUCGGAACCUGGCUUCCCGCAGUAGUGAUUCGGCGGUAUUGUGCUAUGAGCAGUGUCGCAAUACGUCCCCGCAGGAACAAGUCUCGCAAUCCACGCCAACGGCAACAGCAACAACAAACCCGCCAAAACGCCCACCCCGAAGACGAUCGUCGAGCGGAACCCAGUCCGCUCAGGCCACCAGCAGCAAGACGACGGCACACGCCAAGAUCAACCAAGCCAUGCUGGACACCAGCGCCAACGGCCAAGGCGGCAGGAAAAAGAGGUGAGAUUCAGAAAUGGUUCCAUGUCCGUGUGGAGCACUAGCACGGCCGGAAUCGACACCGUACUUGCGACAACGUUGGGCGCGGCAGCCCUCAGUAACGCGAAAACCUUCAGCACAACCCACUUGCCGAGCAGCGGAGGCGCGCUGGUCGUGACGCAGAUUCCCAACGGAACCACCGGCCACGGUCAACUUCAGCCCCAGCACCUGCACCACCAUCACUUCAUCACCAGCAGCAACAACAACAACAACAAUCUCAACGGCGCCGCGUCCCUGAACCACAGCCAUCAGCACCUGCUCGGCAGUGGGAACCACCUGGCCACGGUGACGACGAGUUCCGGCGGAGGAGUCCCCGGGAGCAGUCACAGCACCAGCAGCAACAACAGUCACAGUCAUUCCCCGCCGAGCCACGGUUCGCUGCACAACGCCGUCGGAGCCGGUCUGCAGCAGUCGUCGGUGGCCUGGAACCGGACCAGUAUUUGCAGCACGCACAAUAAGCGACGUUCCGCGCUCAGCACAAUGUCCCAGCAGGGCGAUGAGUACAACUCGCCCAACUACCUGUCCUGGCGGAAGCUGCAGCUGAGCCGGGCCAAGCUGAAGGCGUCCAGCAAGACGUCGGCGCUGCUGUCCGGAUUUGCCAUGGUCGCCAUGGUGGAGGUCCAGCUGGACGAGAAGACGAACGUCCCGCCGGCCAUGCUGAUCGCGUUCGCCAUCUGCACGACGCUCCUCGUCGCCGUCCACAUGCUCGCCCUCAUGAUCAGCACGUGCAUCCUGCCGAACAUCGAAACCGUGUGCAAUCUGCACAGCAUCUCCCUCGUCAACGAAUCGCCGCACGAGCGCCUCCACUGGUACAUCGAGACGGCGUGGGCCUUCUCGACGCUGCUCGGGUUGAUUCUGUUCCUGCUGGAGAUUGCCAUCCUGUGCUGGGUCAAGUUUUACGACCUCAACACGACCGCCGCCUGGUCCGCCUGCAUCGUCCUCAUCCCGGUGCUGGUCGUGUUUGUCGCGUUUGCGUUCCACUUUUACCGCUCGCUCAUGACGCACAAGUACGAGGUGACCGUGUCCGGCAUUCAGGAGCUGGAGAUGCUCAAGGACAAUCUGGACCAUCAGCAUCACCACGGGCCACCGUACCAGUCGGUGCAGAUCGUUUGAGGACCGCCUGGAGGGCGACACUGUGAUUGUGAUUUCCAAAAUCUUCUGUUAUCUUCUUUUUUUGUUGUUAUAGCUCACUUGACGUAGACAUUUAGAAAGUCUUGUUUUCCCCUUAAGUUUAUCUCAGUAUCGCGCAACCUUCCCACCCAAACCAACCACUAUUUCUCCACUAGUUCUCUAAACAAACUUAUUCUUAAGUAAAACAAAAGUAUCCCCAACUACUUACCUUGACCACAAAUCAAACACCCAACACUAACAAUGUAAUUAAGCGCUUAAAGUCGUAAUAAAAAAAAGUGAACGAAAGACAUACCUACAUUACAAGUAAACUAAAUAUACUAGCUAGUGUUAUUAAAUAAACAAUAACUUAGGGAAUCAGCAUGAGACGAAUGAGGCGUGAAAUUUUUGUUAAACGAACACAAACACACCAACCUAAUGUAACAACGAGCGCAGGUUAUCUUAACAGUUGACAAACUUUUGUUUUGUAUAAUUUUGAACUUUUUACCAGGAGGAGACUGUGACCUGCGAUUGUAUAUUCUGUAUAAAAGUUCUCCUACAUCGCAUGAAUCCACUAAUUGUGUAAAAUAAACGAUAAUAAAAACUACCUUUUUUAUAAGAAA